UACCUACCUACACAAACAUCACCUACAAGAAUCACCUACAUCAUCCACACAUACCCAAGUCAUAUACACCCGCAACCGGGACAGAACAGACACCACCUACCAUUGGAACCAAAAACCGCGACAAACAUGUCGGCACCAACCUCCCUCAACACCACCGUCCCCGUCGCGCAGAGCCAGCAGUCGCCCCACGCCGCCGCCGAGGCCGCCCGCGCCAUGGAGCACACAAACAGCUGGACGCCGCCUGCCUUUGAGCGCCGCCAGAGCUGGAAGCAGGAGGACCAGAAGCGCGAGCUGCAGAUGAGCCACAUCAACGAGCGCGUCAAGACGGGGCCCGGCUUCACGGAGCGGACGUAAUUCUGUUUCCGCCCAUUGUUGACCAUUUGUAUAUUCCCUGCAUCAGACCGAGGGCGAGCGGGACUGCGAGACUGGAAAAAAAAUGGAGAUCCAGGGUCUGGUCAGGAAUCCGGCGUUCAUGGCGUGGUAUGG